AGAGUGAUUAUUACAAUGGAAGAAAUCAAUAAUUUUAAGACACCAAGCAAAUUAUCUGAAAAAAGAAAAUCUGGUAAGAUAGCGUUAUGUUCAACUCCAUGUAUAAAAAUUCCUGCCUCUCCGUUUAUGCAGAAGCUUGGCUAUGGCACAGGGGUAAAUGUCUACCUUAUGAAAAGAUCUCCAAGAGGCUUGUCUCAUUCUCCUUGGGCUGUGAAAAAGAUUAAUUCUAAAUGUAAUGGUGAUUAUCAAAGUAUGUAUCAAAAGAGAUUAACUGAUGAAGCUAAGAUUUUGAAAAACCUUCAUCAUCCAAAUAUUAUAGGUUAUCGUGCUUUCACUGAAGCCAAUGAUGGUAGUCUAUGUCUUGCUAUGGAAUACGGGGGUGAAAAGUCUCUAAAUGACUUAAUUGAAGAACGAAAUAAAGACAGCCACGAUCCUUUUCCAGCAGCCACAAUUUUAAAAGUUGCUUUGAACAUGGCAAGAGGGUUAAAGUAUCUGCACCAAGAUAAGAAGUUGCUUCAUGGAGACAUAAAGUCUUCAAAUGUUGUAAUUAAAGGUGAUUUUGAAACAAUUAAAAUCUGUGAUGUAGGAGUCUCUCUACCAUUGGAUGAAAAUAUGACAGUAACUGACCCUGAGGCCUGUUACAUUGGCACUGAGCCUUGGAAACCCAAGGAAGCUUUGGAGGAGAAUGGUAUUAUUACUGACAAAGCAGACAUAUUUGCCUUUGGCCUUACUCUGUGGGAAAUGAUGACUCUGUGUAUUCCACACAUUACUCUUGCAGAUGAUGAUGAUUAUGAUGAAGAUAAAACUUUUGAUGAAAGUGACUUCGAUGAUGAAGCAUACUAUGCAGCUUUGGGAACGAGGCCACCUCUUAAUAUGGAAGAACUGGAUGAGACAUACCAGAAAGUAAUCGAGCUCUUCUCUGUGUGCACUAAUGAAGACCCUAAAGACCGUCCUUCGGCUGCGCACAUUGUUGAGGCUUUGGAAAUACAUGUCCAGUGAUCUCAUAUUCACAACUACCUGAGCUUCAAGUAGGGCUCAUAUACAUAACUGUUCUCUUUACUGUAAUACGUUUAUGUAGUUACUGUGAGAAUCCAGUUAUUAGACUGUUUGAAAGUGGCCUAUUUUAGAACCAUAGCACCUUGUUAACAUUUGAAAAACUUUGUAUUAUAAAGGUAUUUCAUGUAUACUUAUUAGUAUAUAAUAUCGUAGUGGGUUUCCUAUAAAACUUAAAAAACUUUUAGGCUUAAGGAACAAGUAUUGAAAUUUGUUCCUAGAGAUUUAAAACACUAGCAAAAUACCAUAAACUCCUAUGUCUAACGUUAAUUUGGGUAGGGGAACCAAUACUUUUAUUAGUGAUCUUCCUUGAAUAUUCUCUACUUAAAUGGAUCAAUUUAAAUUAGCACUUUGAAGUACAGAAGUUUGAUUAUCUUUUAAAACAUAAAACUAUGCUGGUCUUUCUUGGCUGAUAUGUUUGUUAAAUAUGGUCAUUGGAAGCUGAGAGAAUAAUAUGGCACAGUAGCUCCUUGGGUAUUUCUAAACAUUUUCAGUUAAGGCUUGUCUUGUCCUCUUGGUUCUCCUCAAAUCUUUGGUGUUUGCUUUCAUUUAUUUAUUAAAUGUAUUUCUGUACUGAGA